CGCCCCUCGCGCAAACCCUUGCACCCCUGCGCCUCCACCACAGCCACACACCACACAGGUAGGGAGGGGAGGAGAGAAGAGGAGGAAGCCGAGCGGCGGCGGCGGCGAUGGUGUCCCUCAAGCUGCAGAAGCGGCUCGCCUCGAGCGUGCUCAAGUGCGGCAAGGGCAAGGUCUGGCUCGACCCCAAUGAGGUCAACGAGAUCUCAAUGGCGAAUUCGCGCCAAAACAUCCGCAAGUUGGUCAAGGAUGGGUUCAUCAUCAGGAAGCCCCAGAAGAUCCACUCCAGGUCGCGUGCACGCAGGGCCCAUGAGGCAAAGCAGAAGGGGCGUCACUCUGGAUAUGGUAUGCAAGUACAAACUUCAUUCACACUGUAUCAUUGCAUUACUUUUGAACUGUAUAUUUAUCUUACAUGUUACUUUUCAGGUAAGCGUAGGGGUACCAGGGAGGCUAGGCUUCCAACCAAGAUUCUGUGGAUGAGGAGGAUGCGUGUGCUCAGGCGUCUGCUCCGCAAGUACCGCGAGGCAAAGAAGAUUGACAAGCACAUGUACCAUGACAUGUACCUCAAGGUCAAGGGUAACAUGUUCAAAAACAAGCGUGUGCUUAUGGAGAACAUUCACAAGUCAAAGGCUGAGAAGGCUAGGGAGAAGACGCUUGCUGACCAGUUCGAGGCUAAGCGUGCCAAGAGCAAGGCAAGCCGUGUAAGGAAGAUUGCCAGGAGGGAUGAAAGGCUUGCUCAGGGCCCAGUUGACCAUUCAGCACCCGCACCUGCGGCAGCAGCUCCUGCUCAACCUGCAGCGGCACCAAAGAAGGCAAAGAAGUGAAGAUCUGACGUUUAAAAGUGAUCUGUUUACUGAGUGAAAUCUGUUUCGUCGUAGCUAAAUUUUGAAGUAUGAACCUUUUUGUUCAGCAUUUAAGUAUCUUUGUCCCAGAUAUCCUGGAUACUAUGUUUCAUGCUACUGGAUGUAGUAUUAGAUGCUUAUGCAAAGUAUCGUUCAUGAACUUGCUGUUUAA